AUGGGUUUUGUCUAUCCUCCGCUAGACGGCUCGCUUAACCUCGCUCAAGCGCUGGACUUCCACAUUGUACAGCAAAACAACACUCCCGCCUUCUCCUGGGGCGCCGCGGACGGAACCUUGACGAGUAUCUCGCACUUUGAGUUUGCGCGUGCCGCUCAUCGUGUCGCGCACCUUCUCCGCCCCAACCGGGCGGGUGAUGUAGACGGGGAGGUCGUGGCGAUUGUGGCGGUUGCGGACACGUUGGUGUACCAGACAUUGCUGGCGGGAUGUCUCGUUGCAGGGCUCGUGCCCUUCCCCAUUUCCCAUCGAAAUUCUGACCCCGCGCUGCAUCACCUCCUCACGAAGACAACCGCGCAUCGCGUCCUGACCCACCAGAGAAACGAACUGAGCACGCAAACCACACCAUAUCUGCUCGUCGCCGAGGAGAUCCCGACGCUCGCACAGAUGUACCCGCGCCUUGGGCAGGAGACUUCUGCUGAUGCGUUCACGUCUUACCCUUUGCCCGCCAAGGCGGCAGCAUUGGAUGAUGUUGCGCUUUACCUCCAUUCCAGCGGCAGCACCGGCCUUCCCAAACCCAUCCCGAUGUCCCACCAUGCAGCACUGAGCAUCGCUGGCCAGGACCUGCUCACAGAACUGCGCAUACUGACGCCCCGGCUCGCCGUCGGGCCGCUCCCCGCUUUCCACGCGAUGGGCUUCUUCACGCAAUUCCUGACGCCCGUUUUUAACGGCGUUGUUGCGUGCAUCUACCCUCCCGCCGGUCUUGCUUCUCCGGAAAAAUACCAUGCCCCUGUGGCAGUGAACCCCGUCAACGCGCUCGAGGAGACCAAGCGCGCACAGUCGAAUGGGAUAUUGAUCGUUCCGAUAUUCCUGAUGCGAUGGUCGCAGACCCCCGCCGACGUGGAGUAUUUGAAGUCCCUCGACUUUGUGUCAUACUCGGGCGGCCCACUCGCACAGCGCGUGGGCGACUUCCUGUACAAGCAGGGUGUCAAACUGGUCUCGAUCUAUGGGGGCACCGAAUUCGGCGGCGGAAAUACCUACCACAAACCGCUCUACAGCCCCGACUGGAGCUGGGUCGAGUUCAGUCCUAAGGUGAAUGUGCGCUGGGUGCCUGCGGGCGAGGACACUUUCGAGUGUCAGUUCUUGACAGGUGGUUCUUAUUAUCCUGCAAUAGAAAACCUACCCGACACGCGCGGAUAUACGACACAGGACCUCUUCGAGCGACACCCAACGAAACCGCACCUCUACCGCAUUAUCGGCCGCGCAGACGACGUCAUCACGCUCUCCAACGGCGAGAAGGUCGUCCCGGGGCCACAAGAGGACAUUCUCUCGACCUCACCACUGAUCGCCGGGCUCGUUUUGUUCGGCAGGGGCCGCGACCGGCUCGGACUGCUCAUUGAGCCGUCGGCCGCGGCAGAGGCUGUUGACCCUGCCGAUGCAGCGAGUCUUGGCAAGUUCCGGAACGCGGUAUGGGGCACUGUGGCGGAGGCGAACGCCGUGGCGCCGGCCUGGGGGAGGGUAUACAAGGAGAUGAUACUGGUCACAGGUGCAGGGAAGCCGAUGGCGAGGGCGCCGAAGGGCACGGUCGUCAAGAAGGCCACGGAGAGGUUGUACGAGGCCGAGAUCGCCGCGCUGUACGAGACGGUGGAGGCGAGCGGAGGUCCAGACGGAGAGGUGGCCCCGCCGGGAGCGUGGAGUGUCACGGAGCUCGGGCCGUGGUUGUUAUCGCAGGCGGAGGCGGUCUCGGGCAGGAAGUUGAAGCCCGAUGCGGACUUAUUUGAUCAGGGUUUCGACUCCCUGCACGCAACUUUCCUGCGGCUGCGCAUCGUUAGUGCGCUCCGCGCUGUCUCCGGAGCCGGCCCGGCGCUUGCAACGCAGGUGACACAGAAUUUUGUGUACGACCAUCCGUCGGUCGCGCAGCUCGCACUUGCUGUGGCGGCAGUCGUGGACGGGACGGCAGGAAGGGAGGACAAGAAGGCCGUGGUGGAGAGGUUUGUGGAGAAAUACGCAGCCGGACUGGACGCGCCGAUUACCCGCGUGCGCGCCGGAGGUAUUAGUGUUGGCGCGGUGGUGCUUUUGACGGGGUCAACGGGUGGGCUGGGCUCGCAUAUCCUGGAGGCUCUGUUGCGCAAUGAACAAGUCGCGCGAGUAUAUGCUUUCAACCGGCCCGGGAUUAAAGGCGUCGCCGACCGGCAGAAGGCGGCCUUCGCCGAUCGAGGGCUCUCAGAGGAGGUAUUGUCAUCGUCAAAGCUGGAAUACCUCGAGGGAGACGCGACGCAAGCAGACCUGGGGAUAUCAUCCGGCGUAUUUUCCGAGUUAAAAAAUUCACUCACAGUGAUCAUCCACAACGCGUGGACGCUCGAUUUCAACAAAUCCGUGGCGUCUUUUGCAGCACACCUUCAGGCGACGCGCAAUCUCAUAGACCUUGGCCGAGCAACGGACGCGCGGUUCGUAUUCACCUCGUCUAUCGCGGCGGCGCAGGCGUGGGACGCCGGUCGCGGGCCGGUUCCGGAGGACGUGCUGCCGGCCGAGAAUGCCCUUGGCACGGGGUACGGCGAGAGCAAGCACGUUGCGGAGCGCGUCAUUGCCGCGGCCGGCCUGCGUGCGACAUCCCUCCGUAUCGGGCAGAUCAGUGGCGCGAAGAACGGCGCGUGGGCUACCGCGGACUGGGUCCCCGCGCUCGUCAAGUCGGGUAUUGCCCUCGCCGCGCUCCCGGCGGCACCUAAUUCCGCCGUGGCGUGGCUUCCGCCGUCCGCUGUUGCGCAGACUGUGCUGGACGUCGCGCUGCAGGCCGGGGAAGGGGAGCGGCCCGCGGUGCUGAACGUCGUGCACCCUCGACCAGCACCGUGGGACACGGUGUUUGGGGCGCUGGCGGAGGCAGCGGGGGUGCCGCUGGUGCCGAUUGAGGAGUGGCUUGAUAGGGUGGAGAGGGAAGGCAAGAACGCCGACGCGGAGAUGCUGGCGCGGAUCCCGGCCAUCAAGCUACUCGGCUUCCUCAAGGCAGCUGUGGGCGGAACAGGCGCCGUGCAGUUCACUACGGCGCAUGCGGAGGAGAUCAGCCCGGCGCUCAGUAAGGUGCCCAUCCUGGGACCAGAGGAAGCCAGGCGCUGGUUGGGGUAUUGGAAAAGCGUCGGGUUCAUCUAG